GCGGCCGCGCGAGGCGGCCCGGGCCGGACGGCAGCAUGCGGAGCGGCGAGGAGCUGGACGGCUUCGAGGGCGAGGCCUCGAGCACCUCCAUGAUCUCGGGCGCCAGCAGCCCGUACCAGCCCACCACCGAGCCGGUGAGCCAGCGCCGCGGGCUGGCCGGCCUGCGCUGCGACCCCGACUACCUGCGCGGCACGCUCGGCUGCCUCAAGGUCGCCCAAGUGGUUCUGGCCCUGAUUGCGUUCGUCUGCAUAGAGACCAUCAUGGAGUGCUCCCCGUGCGAAGGCCUCUACUUUUUUGAGUUUGUGAGCUGCAGCGCCCUCGUGGUGACCGGAGUCUUGCUGAUUCUGUUCAGUCUCAACCUGCACACGAGGAUCCCUCAGAUCAACUGGAGCCUGACGGAUUUGGUCAACACUGGACUGAGCACUUUCUUUUUCUUUAUUGCAUCGAUCGUACUGGCUGCUUUAAACCACCAAGCCGGAGCAGAGAUCGCUGCCGUGAUAUUCGGUUUCUUGGCAACUGCGGUGUAUGCGGUGAACACAUUCCUGGCAGUGCAGAAGUGGAGAGUCAGCCUGCGCCAGCAGAGUGCCAGCGACUACAUCCGCGCCCGCACCGAGUCCAGAGACGUGGACAGCCGGCCCGAGAUCCAGCGCCUGGACACGUGAGGGCCUGCCAGCGUCCUCCCUCUCUCGUCCUGUGCCCAUCCUUUCAAUCAAGUUGUCUGUCCCUUGUCACAGCAGAUCUUCAUGUGAUUCAGUUGAAGUUUGUCCUUUUUUGUAAAAGUUCAUUUCGGGAGAGGGUUCUUAGGGUGGCCUGUUCGUGGGCGCGUGAGGCUGGGCGCCCCGGGCAGGGGUGUUGAGACAGGAGCGGGCGUCAGAGACCCGCGGGUCCUCCACCUCGGCCGCGGGAGCAGCUGGCCUCGUGGGGUCCGUACUGCCCCAGAGCACGGGCUUCGCAUCAGACCCCCCGCCCCAAGAUUUGUAUUCAUCAAGACUGGAUUAAAUAGGGGCUGCUGGGGGGGAGAAAAGUCAUGAAGGCAAGGGGCAGACCAGCCAGCCUGCAGUGAUUUUGGGGCCCGAAUCACCUCCGGGCCAGUGUGCCAGUGCGUGUAGCCUUGCUGCAGUUCUUCCCCGCCCCCCUCCACCCCCGUCUUCACACCCAGGGUGUCGAGGCAGCCAGCACAGGCCCGGGGCUGAGGCUCUCGGAUGUGCUGGCCUCCUUGCUGGGCCUGGACGUCACAGGGGUGACUGCCGUGCUCUGGGGACACCGCCACGGGCCCCCUCUCCCACCUCCACUGCUGAGAAGUCACCUGAUUCCUGCUCCUGUGAAUCACCCCUGGACCCCAAAUUCUCCUCCAGGAACGUGGGCACCAUCCUGUUGUCCAGCUUCCUGCUUACCCUGAAUGCUCUGAGGCUGAAUCGCAGUGUCUGCAGUUUCACCUUCUCAGGUAGCAAAAGCCCGAAAGAGGGACAGCCCUGUCCAGCAGCCGAACGCUUGCCGGUCUGCCGGCCUCACGCCCGCGGUGGGGACGCCUGAGGAUUGCUGUUUCUCAGAUGCCCAAGAAGAGCCCGACGGGGCUCCGAGCAGAUUUGUCUAAGAUUUGAAAAUACUUGAAUUUGCGCUGCGACGGACCCUCCCGCUGAUGUUUCAGAAGGCCCGGGCUGCGGCCGGGCGCCCUGGGGCCAGGACUGCGGACGCUGAUCGUGGAAGCCGGGGACAGUUCCGAUGACACACGGUCUGGGACUGAUUCUUGAUAGAGCAAAGAUGAUUGCGGUGAAUGAGCUCAUUGAGCCCCUGUGAUGCUGUAGAUUUGGUUUUGUUUUUCUGUCGGAGAUUGUCUCCUCUACGGGAACAUCAUUUUCACUCUGUGAACUGUCCUUAAUGUUUACAAACCUCACUCUCGUUCUAAUGCUUUGUGUUUGGCCCUCACCAAGGGAAACACACAGCGGGCGGGGAGGCCUUGCCGUGGUGUGGAGGACGCCCGGGAUCUUGUCCUCGCGACUGUUUACAGCUCUAGCAGUGUGCUGUGGCGCGAGAGCAUGAGCGCGCGCGUCGGGGUGCCGGGUUGACGUGCGGGGAGGCCUCCAUCCGUGCAUGAGACCAUCGCCUUAUGCAAGAGCGGCGUCUGAUUCCCGGGGCUGUGGGAGCGAGAGCAGGCGAAACUGCUGGCCGGGACUCUGCAGGAGUGGCCCUUUGCUGCCUCUGAGGGCUCAGGGUUGGGGUCCGCUCCCUGGACUAUAUCGGCGCCAUCCCCCCCAGUGCCUUUUGGGGACAGCACCCCAGGUCACACAGUCUGGCUCCUGGGCUGUGUCAGGGGCUCUGGGCUCCCGGGCACCCCGGUGUUUCUGAGGGCCACUCAGUUUCCUUCUCCAGAAGGCAGUCAGGCAGGUCCCGUCUGCGAGAGUCUUGGCCCUCAGAACUCCACGAGGCCCCACAGAGCAGGCACCGAAGCUUUGACCCUACUGCGGGCUGUGACUUUGGAGGGGGUGACACCUGGAUUUCACCCGCUCAUGCCAUGUAUUUAUUUUGCAUUCCUUGGGUGUGUGGGGGUCAGACUUGUGCUUAUCUCCCUCUAAGGCUUCCACUUAAAAACAGGGUCACAGAAGCUCCCCUUCGCAUUCAAGCGGGCCCACUUGGAAGGACAGGACCACCCUGGACGUUCAUCAGAAAUCUCUUGCUGGGGCUCAUGUUACUUGGCCUCAAUAAAGAGCCGCCUGUGAAAUGGGACCGACAGAAAAGCGCCGUGCGGGUAGGAUCGUUGCCCAGGUCUUCCCAGUCACUUCGGUAACGCCAGUGUUUGCUCUCGUGUCAGGGCGGCGGCAUCCUCCCGAGGACAUGUCAGCUGCCCGGGAAACCGAAUGCCGGCCGGAGGUACAAGGCGAUGACACCCUGUGCCACAGAGCGGCCUAGGAGAUGGUUUGUGUCUUAGCCCUUGGAAAUAUUUAUGUCCUGUAACUAUUUAAUACUUUUAUGCCAUGAGGCUCUCCCAUGGUUUCUGUAAAUAUAUUUGUUUGUAUUUAACUAGCUGCCACUACAGGUACAGGUACGUGCUCCCACUGGUGGGGUGCAGGCCACGAGGGGCCUGGGGUUGUCUGUGGGGAACGGAGAGACCUGCGUUCUCCUUAUGUUGCCUUGCAUAUGAAUAAGGCCAUCUAGAUUUGGGGGCCCUCGGAGGGGUUUUUUAAUUUUUUUUUUUUUUUUGGGCAAUUGGCAGAAGGCAUGCGUUUGCAUUUAGCAGCUCCAGCUCGGGCCCGUGUCAGUUUAGUUUGGGGCAUUUCAAGGCUGAGGGAAUCUUUGUGCUUCUCAGUUUUCUGGUGGGGCGAUAUUGAUUUUCACAGUAUGUGCCAGACUGGAAGAGAACUGCGGUGGUUGACUGGGUUGCUGGCGGCUGCAUGGUGGAAACCCUGAAGCAUUUGGUGGAACCUCUGGUGGUUUCAGGCGGAUGCAAACACUGACGUCUUGGGAGAAAGUUUAUCUUGGCUCCGGUCUGGCCGAGGUGGUGGUUAUUUAUUUUUUUCACCUCUGGGUCUCCUUUAUCCUCCCUUCGCUCUGCUGAAGGCAUGGGGAGAAGUACCUCUCCCCUUUCAUACAGGGAUUACAGUCAGGAAAGCCGAAAUACACAGCGAAGGCCGAGGAAGGGUCAGGGCGGUCACAGGUUAAAGUCUCAGAGAAGUUUGACUUAAGGUAAAGAAAACGGAUUUUGCUUGGCAGCCGCUGCCAUCCAAGAAAGCUUUGUGGCUGUUGAAAGCCUUCCUAGUCAUCUGCCUUGCUUUGAGGCUUCUUUUGAGAUUCAGGCUUGGGCUAAGCCAUGAGGGUGGGGGAGGUGGGG